AUGCAGUUUGCCCUACCUCCUCGGAAGAAUGCCCAUAUUCUUCCCUACGCCCGCUCUCCCCGGAUUUCGUUCCAGCGCAGGAAACAACUCAAAGCGGCCGCAAUCCUAGGCUUUGGUCUUCUCCUCGUCUUCUUCCUUCUGUCCCAGUUCUUCUCCUCAAGUACCGGAACGACUGCCGUUCCGAUUGGAACCCCGAGCGUUGUCAUCGUCACCCUACUAGACCGCGCCGCCUUCAGCAACGAGUACAUCCAGAAGAUCGUUAAGAACAGAGAAGACUACGCCAAGCGACAUGGCUACGUGAACUUCUUCACCAACCUCUCCGACUACGAGUCCUCGCUCGACAAUGCGCCGCGAAGCUGGGGCAUCGUCCCCGCCGUCCGCCACGCGAUGGCCACUCAUCCGCACUCGAACUACUUCUUCCACCUAGAUGCUCACGCGCUAUUUAUGAACCCGACCAAGUCGCUCGAAUCCAGCCUCCUUGAUAACCGCCGGAUCGAGUCCCUCAUGCGCAAAGACGUCCCCGUCGUGCCGCCCGACAGCAUCAUCAAGACCUACUCGCACCUCCGGCCCCAGGACAUUGACUUGAUAGUCAGCACGGAUAACGAGGAUCUCAGCGCUGGGAGUUUCGUCGUUAAGCAGGGGGAUUUUGCGCGCUUCUUCUUGGACUUCUGGUUCGAUCCGUUAUAUCGCGGUUAUAACUUUGCGAAGGCGGAGAUACAUGCUUUGGACCACAUCGUCCAAUGGCACCCUACUGUCUUGGCCCGGUUGGCCUUGAUCCCCCAGCGCGUCAUCAACGCCUAUAGUAAGGAUUCCUCCGGCGCAGCCGUGGAUGGAACAUAUAAGGAAGGGGAUCUAGUUCUUCGGUGUUUCGGGUGCGAUACGGAUCCGAAACGGAAUUGUGAGAAAGAGAUGGAACCGUAUUACCAUCUGUGGGCGAAGAACUUGAAAUCCGACUGA